GUGUUAUAUUGCCUCUGUUGUUUUAUGCACUUCAAUUUAUAUUUUCUAAAGGAAAGAGGAUGUGGUGAUUAGUUGUUGUUAUCAAUUGUUGUUCUUAUUAUUGUCCUCUAGAUGGCAGUAGUACCAAACAUACAAUUGGCAGAUACCCAAGAGCAUAGAGCUAGAACAAGAAAGUAAUAGAGAGGUCAGCACAUGUGAAAGUUCGGUGCUGAAGAAAUAAACAGGCUACACGCCAGUUCAUUAAUUAUUUUUCAGAGUGUUUAUUUAAUGAACACCAAAUCUGCAGCCCAUUCACAGUUUACAGCGUGCACGUUGAUUUCUCUCUGGUUUGUCGUGACUGGGAUUCCUCGCACCCUAGUUUUCCAAGCACAACACAGUGAGACUAAUGCAUGUAGGACAGCUGGAAUGUUAUCCAGCUGGAAGUAGCCAUCAGAAGAUGGUAAUGUGGUCAUAAAGGGAUGGACAUGGUCAGCAACAAUACUCAGAUUGUAAUGCUACAGGACACCCCUGCACGUCACGCCCUCUCCCUCUCCUUAUUGCGUGCAGCACUCAAGAAUACUGCACUCUGCACUGACACUCUGUGCAUGCAUGUUAGGGAACGGUCCACAAACUUCGAGAGGUAAAUAGAAAAGGGCCAUGGAGGAGACUAGAGAUGGAGGCAUUGCUGAUGGGGAAGCUAUGGAGCCUGAGGCUCAGAAAGGGAGCACAGAAAGCAUACCCGAGGUCAGGGAGAAAUGGGCCAACAAGACUGAGUUCCUGCUUUCCAUGGCUGGGGAGAUUAUCGGCCUGGGGAACGUGUGGCGCUUCCCUUACCUGUGCUACAAAAAUGGAGGCGGUGUUUUCUUCAUUCCUUAUUUCAUCUUUCUCUUCUUUUGUGGAAUCCCAGUAUUCUUCCUUGAGACAGCGUUAGGUCAAUACACCAGUGAAGGGGGCAUCACUGCUUGGAGAAAAAUCUGCCCCAUGUUUGAAGGUGUAGGUGUUGCGUCCCAAGUUAUAGUGAUUUAUCUAAAUAUAUAUUACAUUGUGGUCCUGGCCUGGGCUCUGUUUUAUCUAUUCAACUGUUUCUGGAGCACUCUACCUUGGACUUCCUGUGACAACUAUUGGAACACAGUGAACUGCCAAAAUAUAAGUGCUACAUACACAGGUGUGCACAGACCUGAUGCUGACUGGUCAUUCCUGUACAAUAAGACGGAUCAAUUUGGUGACAACUACAGCAUGAGUUUCCAAAAUGAAUCCGAAUGGCCACCUUUUAAAGUGACCUCCUCCGAACAAGAGUACUGGCUCCAUCGUAUGUUGCGGAUGACAGACAGUGGUGGUUUGGGGAGCGUAAAUGCUGAUCUUGCCAUGUGUCUUCUGUUGGCUUGGGUCAUCUGUUAUUUCUGCAUUUUUAAAGGAGUAAAGACCACAGGCAAGGUUGUGUACUUCACUGCUACAUUCCCCUACUUAAUGCUGUUCAUCCUUUGCAUCAGAGGAGUGACUCUGCCAGGGGCUGCAACUGGGAUUUCUUAUUACCUGUAUCCUGACAUCAGUAAACUCUCCAGUCCUGAUGUAUGGUGUGAUGCAGGCACUCAGGUGUUUUUCUCAUAUGCUGUGUGUCAAGGAGUCCUCACAGCGCUGGCCAGUUAUAACAAAUACAACAAUGACUGCUAUAAGGACUGUAUAGCACUCUGUCUUUUGAACAGCUGCACUAGCAUCUUUGCUGGGUUUGUGGUCUUUUCUAUUCUGGGGUUCAUGGCCCAUCAGCUAGAUCUACCAAUGGAAGAUAUUGUAUCAUCAGGUGUUGGAUUAGCUUUCAUAGCAUAUCCUCGAGCCCUCUCUCUGUUACCUGGACCUCAGUUCUGGUCUGUUCUUUUCUUUCUUAUGGUACUCCUGCUGGGCCUUGACAGUCAGUUUGUGUGUGUGGAGAGUUUAGCCACAGCUCUCACAGACCUGUUUCCUGGAGUUCUAAGAAAGCGGCGAGAAGUUUUGGUGUUGGGAAUAGCCAUCAUCUGCUUCUUACUGGGACUGCCAUUCAUCACAAAGGGAGGAAUCCAUCUGUUCACUGUGAUGGACACCUACGGCCCAAGUGGAAUUAACUUGCUCUUUAUCGCCUGCUUUGAGACGAUUGUUGUCGCAUGGGUCUAUGGUGCAAACCGUUUCUACGACAACAUUGAAGAUAUGAUAGGAUACGCACCAUUCCCUGUGCUGAAGUACUGCUGGCUCUUCAUUACCCCUCUCAUCUGUGCCGCUACUCUGCUGUAUAGCCUGUUGGGUAGUAAAUCUGUGUCUUCAGUUCAGUCUGUGCCAGACUGGAGUUACAAGUUUGCACCUCUGCUCACAGUCAUUCCUAUGAUCUGCAUCCCAAUCUUCCUGUUCGUCUCUUUAAGAAGGGGUCAAGACAUCAUCACCCCCUCUAGUGACCUGAAGCAGCUCCGACCAAACAGUCCACGCCUCACACUGUUUAAUCGUGUAAUCAUUAAACCACAGAGAACUCGACACAUUCAGGAAGAUGGAGCAGAGAAAGCAAACACAGAACACAGUAGUGGAGUUUGAGAAGGCAGAAUGAUGAUUUUAUUUUAGGUUAUUAUAGAUAGAACUUUAGAUACUAUAAAAAGCGAUAACCUAUUAGUCAUAUUUAAUAAAAUUAGUUAAUUUAAAUAUAAACUAUAAAUUAGAUUACCUUACAAACCAUUUUAUUACAGUAUAUUAGGUUGUUAAUAAAUAUCACUCAGGAUGUCAAAUGAACACAAUUAGGUUCAGCUGGAAAUAUGACUGUUAAUAUGCAUAAUUAAGGGUAUUUAGUUUGUUUUAUUAUUUAUGCUGAUGUUCUCAGGAGAACUAGAACUGUUUUUAUGAGUUCAAAUUUAGGGUUACUGCAGCUGAGGCAAUUUAAAACCAUUAAAUAUAUAUUUUGGGUUGGGGGGUGGGGUUGAAGAAACACUAAAACAUAGUAUCCUUUGGGGUUUGACUAUUGAAGCAAAAUGACUAUAUUUCAAGCUUCAAAAUUACCAUUUUAUGCAGUAAACUUUUUAGUUAUUAGCAACUUUAUAUAUGAAAUUUCAUAUGACAUAAUAGCAUGGAUCUCAGAAUUAAUUUUAGUCUAAAUAUGUUAAUUUGCCUGGUUUACAUCUGUUUACAUUGUUAUCUUGUUUUUCUAUUUUAAAAAUUGUAAUUUGUAUUUUAGUUUUAACCAUUUGUCAAAAAAAGAAGUCUCUGUAAUUAAAUUGGUGACUGAAACACUAAAACUUUUCUAUCCCAUUUCUAUAAGGAAUGUAAUAUUUGACAUAUUUGAAAUAUUUCCUUUAAUUUAAAUUUAUUUCAUUCUGUCGCACUAAACAUACUAUUAUUUCCAUUUUUUUUUUUUUUUUUUUUUACUUUAAUGGACAAAUAGGCUAAUUUGUUUGGGAGGAGUACAGAGACGGCCGUAAGGUCGUCAGGACACUUUAUGCUUUCCGUAGUCUGCUGAACCCAUCAUUCAUAGCAGACCACAAGAUUUUUGUGUUGAUUGUAGCCAAAGAAGUGGAUGCAACUAAAAUUCCCAUGUUUUGAAUAUCAUAUAUUGAAUAUCAAGAUUGGUUAAAUACAGGGACUUGUCUAAGAAAAAACACGCAACAUGUCGUCCUUGUCAUCACAGAAUCUGACCAAUGAGAAUGAAGUGUGUCGUCACCAAGGCUUUCGCAGCCGAUUUUGAGCAACUGUAGCGCCUGACCUACGCGGCUGGUCUUGUUUUGCUCUCGCGGUACUUUGAUGGCACAUGUGAUCGUAAGGCGGCUGCAGCACUGAUCAAAGUUGGACAAAUGUUCUAACCAGAAUGCAUUGAUUUUGCCAGGCGGCAGCUGAACCAGAGAUCGUAUUAUUAUGGGGAGAUAAGAGGGUCUGUAUCUCUUACCAUUGGAGAAAGCAUAACGGCUAACUUAAUCACAUGCGGCACCUCUCAGCCUAUCGUGUCGCCGUUCAAAACUCCUUCCUGCGUACCGCCAAUGCGUACCGCCAGUUAGCAUUAGCCGUUACGCUUUUUUGGCUAAAGGUUGCAGGCUUGCCUUCCAGUGGCUUUGGCUGAACUUCGUGGCACUGCAUGAAGUCGAACAAGCCUAAAAGCGGCUGCACGAGCACUGAUGACGAAAGCUGUUCCAUGAUUGGCCGGAUUCACGUAUAUUUACUCUCACACCUUCAGUUCCACUAAUGCUCACAAAUCUGUAUAGAUCCCACUUCAUUGGUAUUUAAAUAGUAUAGGCUUAUAUUAUGUUGAACUUUAUUCUUGUGUAAACAGACACUGUAUUAAACAGUAGCCUACAUAAAAUAUUGAAUGAAAAAUA